CCUGCAGCAGCAGCAGCAGGUGUCCGGCGGUGGAGUGCUGGUUAGUACAGGAGAAUGUGAAUCGAAGAGGAGCGACAACCCAGGAAAAGUUUCUGCUUCAUAUCACAACAGACGUUAACAGCCGAGAUGCAGCGUCAGAACAGAUUCCUUCCGACGUCAACCCAGACACCGUGUUCUUUAUUACAGACCCGGCUGCCACGCUCUGCCACCAGUCCCUCAGCCCUCCCCCCAGAGGCUCGGAGCAGAAGGCUCAGUGUGAGAUCAGCCCCUUCCUGCAUCAGCCCUCCACGCUCAAAUGGGUUUCUCCUCUCACGGUCUCUGGCUUCAGCCCCGUGUACCUGCAAGCGGAUUGGUUUUCGGCUGCGCUACUGGGGCUCAACAAACAGCUGGUCAUUUCCAGCAUCAUGAGGGCUCCCACAGCCACCAAAGAGCCGAAUGUGAUCCUGACUGUCACCAGUAAAACCGUCUCGGUGCAGGCCCGGCUCGGGAAGCCAGUGCUGCUGGACUGUGGUUUCUGGGUGGAUCCUUCCUCGCCUCUGUCCGGGUCGGGUUUCGCCGUCGAGUGGCGUUACCAGUUCAGAGGCAAAGGACAACUGGUUCUGGCUUACGACGGCAAGUCAGACCGCGUGGCUGACACCCAGGAGGAAGGGGCCAGACUGGACUUUGAGGGUUUGCACAAGAACGGAAACGCAUCCCUGAUCCUGCAGGAGACGAAAGUGCGUCACUCCGGGACGUAUAUUUGCACGGUGUAUCUGCCGUACCUUCAGGCUCAGGUGGCGAUGGAGCUCGAGAUUGUAGAACCUCCAUCCCUCUCCAUCCACCCCUCCCCCUUGCCCCUCGCUGUUCCUGGACAGACUUUGGUUGUCCAGUGUGAAGCGUCGGGCUUCGCCCCACUCUCCCUGGAGAUGAGCUGGGAGUUUAAAGGCGCCGAUGGGAAGUCCAGGCCUCUGGAAUCAGCCAGCGUGACGGGCCACAGGCAGGCGUGGGAUGGCACCUACGGCCAGAGUGCCCGGCUGGAGCUGGACACCUCUAACGUGGGCACCGGGGGAGAGCUCACCUGUGUGGCCGUCCACCCUGGAGGCACACGACGGGCCAGCACGUCCCUCAGUGUCAUCGGAUUCGGAUCCCCGUCUAUUGAGGACUCAAUGGCAAUGGUUGGUGUGGCGCUCCUGCUCUACGGGCUCAUCAAGUUUGUCUCCUGGACCUUUUCCAGCUCAGACACUGAUGUGGCAG